AUGACAUUACACGGCGAAGGUAUAGGGGGUGUGGUCUUCCUCACCCUGUACACCAUCAACUUCACCAUCCUCCUCUAUGGUUUCACAACCAGGCUCAUCAGCUUCAAAUCAGUCUAUUCGUUUCUCCUGUUCCAUGUCUGUCUUCGUCUCGCUGCUCAGUCAGUCGCCAUCGUCACAGGUACCAAAGAUCAACUGAAUGGUGGUCUACUCGUCGCCUUCUUCGUCCUCGGUGCCGAGGGUUACUUUUCGCUCGUCCUUUGCGCAUACCGUUUCCUCAUACACCAUCACGAACAUGUCUACCCAAUCAGUGCAAGUUGGCUCGAAGGUAAGACCAACAGGAACAAGGAUAAAGAUGGUCAGAAAGACCCAUGGUAUGUCAGGCUGAAGAGAGCUUUGACAGCGAAGAACAAGGAUGGAAAGAAGGAUCCAUGGGUAAUGACCAUCAUUCAUUGGACUUUGAUCGGAGCAAACACCAUAAUCAUCGUCGGUGGCACACGAGCUACCGGUGCUGAUUACACUGAUCCAGACUUCUGGGACCGAAUCCACGAUGGAGAGAUCCUACGAGCAACCGGACAAGCAAUCUUCCUCGCUAUAAACAUCCUCCUCGCUGUCUUCCUCUUCCUCUCAGUCAAACAAGAUCGUAAUCCAAAUGGUACCUUACCACCAGGAUGGAAUCACUUCUUCAGGGUUGACAGUACUCACGGAGCUAUCGACGCUGCCGAUAGACCCCUGAUCAGAUCAAUCAGUCCCGAUCUCCUCGUCCUCAUCAUCGCAUGGCCGCCUCUUAUCGUUCGUGGUAUCUUCGGUCUCCUUCAAGCUGUUUUCGCUCCCAUCAACUAUGCCAACCCUGAGGCAUACACCUACACUACAGUCUUAGCGUUCACAAAAGUUUUCAUUGUGAUGGAGAACCUGUUCUCCGUCUUACCCGAAUGGACCGCCUGCUGCCUCUUGUGUACCACCAUGUUUUUCAAACCUAAUCACCAUGGGACCAGUCGUCAAGCCAAGGAUUUCGAGUCCACCAGUCCAAACGCGGGUCCGGUCGAUCAAGGUGAAGUAGAGGGCGAUGGAAUUCAUACUGUGGAGCCAAAGAUUAUGAGUAGGGGACUGUAG